UCCUAUAUUUUCAAGUGGAUUGUAUUAUAUUGUUUCUAUCAAACUAUUAUAUUAAUUAAUUAUUAUACCUAACCGUGUCCACAAAAUAUCAACUAUAUAUAUGUUGGCCUAUGUUUGUUCAUUUGGAAAUAAUAAUAAUAAUAAUAAUAAUAAUAAUAGUAAAAAUGUCUCCUUGCGAAGCUACAAUUGAUGAAAAACGCCCUAAUAUGCCAAAGUUUACUCCAACCAUUUGGGGUGAUUAUUUCAUGUCUUCUGCUUCAAGUCAUCACUCAUCUCUUAUGGAAACUAUGGAGAAUAAUAACAAAGAGAGUUAUGAGAAGAUUAUUGAGAUGAAGGAACAAGUGAAGAAUAAAUUACUUCAUGGUCUUCAUCCUUUGGAAAACCCUUUGGAGACACUUGAAUAUAUUGAUGAUAUUCAACGAUUGGGGUUGUCUUAUUAUUUUGAAAAUGAAAUUGAACAAAAUUUGGAGCAAUUUCAUAAUAAUUAUCAAAAUCUAAUUGAUUUUGGUGAUAAUAACCUUUAUGCUGAUGCUCUUUGCUUUCGGUUGCUUAGGCAACAAGGUUAUAAUAUUGCAUGUGACAUAUUCGACAAGUACAAGAAUGAAAAAGGAAAAUUUAAAGAAUCAAUUUCGAGUGACAUUCGAGGAAUGUUGAACUUGUAUGAAGCUGCACAAAUGAGAGUUCAUGGAGAGAAAAUACUAGACGAAGCACUUAUCUUUACAACUACUCAUCUUGAAUCCUCAGUUAAAACAUGUCAAUUGAGCUCUCCUUAUCUAGACCUAGUGAAACAUGCCCUAAUGCACCCUAUUCGAAAGAGCUUACAAAGAAGAGAGGCAAGACUUUACAUAUCACUUUAUCAUCAACUACCUUCUCAUGAGGAGAUUCUUUUAACACUUGCUAAAUUAGAUUUCAACUUGCUUCAAAAACUACAUCAAAAGGAACUAAGUUACAUAACGAGGUGGUGGAAGGAGUUUGAUUACAAAAGUAAGCAUUCAUUUAUAAAAGACAGAAUAGUGGAGUGCUAUUUCUGGGUUUAUGGAGUGUUUUUUGAGGCAGAAACUUCCCAAAUCAGACUAAUAAUCACCAAAUUAAUUGCUAUUCUCACAAUAAUUGAUGAUGCUUAUGAUAGCUUUGGUACACUUGAAGAACUAGAGCCUUUUACUCAAGCAAUAGAAAGGUGGGAUAUAUGUGCCAUGGAUACUCUGCCUGAGUACAUGAAAAUAUUUUACAUGAAACUUUUGGAGAUCUACAAUGAAAUUGAACAAUUUUCUAAGGAAAGAUCAUACUGCCCUAGCUAUGCUAAGAAAGGGGUGCAAUCUCUAAUUAGAGCUUAUUUUAAGGAAGCCAAAUGGUUACACACAAAAUAUAUACCAACAUUAGAUGAAUAUAUGCCAGUUGGGGUUGAUAGUGCAGGAUCUUUUAUGCUCAUUUCAAUGGUUUUUAUUGGAAUGGGAGAUAUUGUUACAAAACAUUCUAUGGAUUGGAUAUUUUCUAAUCCUCAACCUAAAAUUAUACAAACUAUGGCAAUAGUUGGAAGAGUUAUGAAUGACAUUGGCUACCAUAAGUCGGAGCGGAAGAAAUCAUCAGGAGAAAUUGUAGCUUCAACUGUGGAGUGUUACAUGAAACAAUAUGGCGUGACUGGUGAAGAAGCUAUAGAGAAACUUAGCGAACAAGUUAAAGAUUCAUGGAAAGAUCUCAAUGAAGAUCUUCUCAACCCAAUCACUAUCCCUAGGCCACUCUUAAUGCAAGUUCUAAAGCUUGUACGAGUGAACCAUGAGAUUUAUAGAGAAGGAGAUGGCUUUACACAACCCACUUUGCUCAAGAAUUUGAUUCAUUCUCUCAUCAUCAAUCCAAUUGACUUUUGAACCAUAAAUAUAUUUAUACAUACUUUAUAGUUAUUAAUUCUAAUAUCUAUUCCAAUAAGCUACAAUUUAAUUUGUAGCAAUAUUGUUUCACUAAUAUAUUCCAAUCUACUGUCAAGAGUUUUCACCAAUAGAUUUUGGUUACUAUAU